UGACAAGUAAAUCAUUGUCAGUGUGAAACGAGUAUUGCCCGUAACAGUAUAUUUAGUCGUAGUUCUAAUCAUAGUUCUCGUUUUUAUAAAUAUUUUUCUAAUGUUUCUCGACGAUAUUUAAGAUGCAACCAAGAAAAAUUCGUUGGAUUAUUCAAAUUGAAGAAAAUCCAUGGCAAGGUGAGAGCGUCGAGGAGCAAAUUUCUUGCAUUAAAGAUGAGCGGGAAGAUGUGCAAAAGAAAACGUUUGCAAAAUGGAUAAAUUCGCAAUUACUUAAGAAUCAUCACGAGCCGAUUUCUGAUUUGUUCGUUGAUUUACGAGAUGGCAAUCGGUUAUUGUCUCUCCUGGAAGUUCUCACGUCUAAAGUCUAUAAAAGAGAACGCGGUCGAAUGAGAGUUCAUCAUUUGAAUAAUGUUAAUAAAGCUUUGCAAAUUCUUGAACAAAAUAAUGUAAAACUCGUAAAUAUUAGCAGUAACGAUAUAGUUGAUGGGAAUCCUAAGCUAACACUUGGAUUAGUAUGGAGUAUUAUUCUACACUGGCAGGUACAUUACCAUCUGAAAGAUUUAAUGACAGAACUACAACAGACGAAUUUAGAGAAAACUCUUUUAGCAUGGUGUCGUCAGAAUUCACAGAAUUAUUCUGGAGUUGAUAUUAAAAAUUUUACUACAUCUUGGUCAGAUGGUUUAGCAUUCAAUGCUAUUCUUCAUAAAUGGAAACCGCAUUUAUUUGAUUUUAAUAACAUAGCGCGUAAACAUCCCAAUGCUAGACUAGAUCAUGCAUUUCGUAUUGCUCAGGAACAAUUGGGUAUUGAACGUUUGUUGGAUCCAGAAGACGUGAAUACAUCGGUGCCGGAUAAAAAAUCAAUAAUGAUGUACGUUAUGUGUCUUUUUCAAUCAUUACCUCAUUCUGGAGAUGAUAUAGGCGAAUUAGAUCUAUCAGUAGCAAGUGAUAGUAGCCCGGUUACUACUCCGGGAGCAGAGAAUACAUUAUCUUUUACAAAUUUUGGAACACCAACAUCACGACCGAUGAGUCUUGCAACAAACGUAUCGGUAGAACUUGGUGGUUAUCAAGUUGCUCUCGAGGAAGUUUUGACUUGGCUUUUGGAGGCAGAAGAUAAAUUAAAUCAUGCUCCAGAUCCUGGAUCUACUUUAGAAGUAUUAAAGCAACAAUUUCACGAACACGAAUCAUUUUUGGUAGAAUUAUCCGGCCAUCAAGAUGGUGUUGGUGCUGUAUUGGAAGAAGGUGCGAGAUUAUUAGCGGAAGGCGGUUUACAUAAGGAUGAAGAACACGAAGUUCGUGUUCAAAUGUCAUUAUUAAAUUCUCGAUGGGAAGGACUUCGAAUGCGUGCAAUGGAAAGACAAACUAAAAUUCAUGAGGUUCUUAUGCAAAUGCAACAAGGUCAGUUAGAUGCAUUACGACAAUGGUUAACAAGAACUGAAGAUAGAAUUUCGCGAAUGGCAGCUAUUGAAUUAAAUCAAUCUGCCUUAGAUGAACAACUGAAACAAUUGAAUGAACUAGAGCAAGAUAUUGAGGCACAGCAGGGAGUUGUUGAUGGUAUGAGAAAUAUGGUAGUUGUUGUAGAUGAAGAAAAUUCUGAAGCAGUUUAUGCGCAAAUGGAAGAUCAAUUAUCUGCUCUCGGAGAGCGAUGGACUCACAUUUGUCAAUGGAAAGAAGAAAGGAGACAACGUUUGCAGGCUCUUUCUUCACUUUGGCAAAAUGUUAAUGAUGACUAUAAAAGAUUAGUGUCAUGGUUGAAUGAAACUGAAAUUACUUUAAAACAAAUGGAAGCAAAUCCUGCUUCCGAAAUUGGUGAAGUACUUGAAAGAAUUAAAAAAUUACAAAUAUUAAAAAUGGAUAUGGAUGAAAAUCAAAGAAAAUUAAUGUCCUUACAAGAAUCAAUUCAAGAACUGGAAGGACAAAAUACUUCACCAGAAUGUAUUAAUAUACUAGAAAAAAUCGAAAAUUUGCAAGAUCGAUGGGAAGCAGUGGGACAAAUAAUGGAAGUGCAGACACAAAGGAUAACAAAUUCGGGAUUUGAAUUCGAUUUGAAGACUGAGAGGGAAACAACUGUAGUUACAGGCAAUGAAUGGAUGUCGGAAACAGUAACAAGUAUCGCUUAUAAAGAAGAAAUUACUGCAACUUCUACACCUCAUAGUGAUUCAAAGAAACGUCGCGUAGAUAGUACAAGUAGACAUGAAUUUGAGUCAGCAUUACAUAAUCUGUAUAAAUGGCUCGAUUAUGUUGAUUUAGAAAUUGGACGAUCGGAGGGAGUAUUUGACGAAUUAAGUAUCGAAGAAAAGAAAGUUGUUUAUAAUGAUACAAUUGCUGAUAUAGAAGCACAUAAAAAUGAUUAUGACAAAGUUUUAGAAUUGGGGAAGCAACUUCUCGAAGAAUUAAAAAAUGCUAAUGAAUCGAUUGAAACAGAUGAAACAAAAAUUAAAGAUAUACAGAAUUGUUGGAUGGCAACUAAUAGUAGACUUGAAGAAAUAAGAAAUCGUAUAGAAUAUCUAGAAGAAGUAAAAAAAUUUCGAACAGAACUGGCUAGUUUGAAUUUAAUGUUAGAUAGCUAUUCUAAAUGGUUUGAUUCAAACAAAGGAAACAAUCAAGUGGAACCAUUUAGAGUGAAAUUGAAAUCAAUGAAAUCUCAUGAAGAGCGUAUAAAAAAAUUGUUAGAAAAAGCCAAAGAAUUAUCAGAAAAUCAAACUGGUAUUAAUGAAACUAUCAAUUUAAAUGAAGAUAUACAAAUGUUUGUUUGUAACUGGGAAAAAUUAUAUAAAACAUUAUCUGAAAAAUUAACUGAAUUAAAUGAUGCUGUUGAUAAAACACCGCCGAAGAAAUAUACAGAUGCAGUUACUAAUCUCACUUCUUUUAUUAAUAAUGUGGAAAGUAUGUUAUUAUCAGAACAUAUAGUAAUGUCAGAUGAUAAGACAAUGACAGAACAAUUACGAAAAUUCAGCGAUUUGCAAAAUUCUUUGAGAGAGCAUCAAGAAGUUUAUAAUUAUGUGAACAGUGUUGGACAUGAAUUAAUAAUGAAGACCAAUGGAGAUUCUCAGGGUCAAAGACUUAAAGAUGCAUUACAAGAUCUUAUUACUAAAUGGAGCGAUAUACCCAUAAUAUUAGAAGAACGUCAACAAAAUUUGCAAAAAGAUAUUCAAUCUUUAAAAAUAUUCAAUAAUGAGCUUACAGAGCUUGAAAAUUGGCUUGAAAAAUCAAGCCAAUAUUUAGAAGAAUUAUCAAAAGAUAAUGUAUCAAAUGAUAUUGAAACUAUGGAAUUUAAAUUAAAACAGAUUCAAUCUUUUUGUGAAGAUAUAAAUGAAAUGAAACCAAAAAUAGAAAAACUCCAAAUUUCUACAAAUAAAUUACUUGAAAAUUCUGAACCAAAAUUUGCAAAUGUGUUAAACAAUAAGUUAGAAGUUGUAUCGCAUAAAUGGAAUGCUAUCGUUGACGGUGCUAAAAGUUUAAAUGAUAAGUAUGAGGAUACAUUGAAAAAAAAUGAUGAAAUAAUAAAUGGAAUAGAAGACUUUACAAAAUGGUUAUCAACUUUAGAAAAAGAAAUACCAAUUGAAACCAAAAUAACAUCUUCUGUUGAACUGUUUCAAGUUCGUGGUCGAUAUCAAUCAUUAAAAGAAAAGAUAGAUAAGCGAGUAGAAGAAUUUAGAAAUCUCAAUGAAAUGGGCAAUGAUAAAUUAUUAAGUUCUGAAGGAUCUUCAGUGCAAGAACUUGGUAGACGAUUUACAUUUUUAAAUGCUCGUUGGACCGAUGUUACAGAUCGUAUUUAUGAACGAUAUAGACAUUUACAAAAUGCUAGCCACGAAUAUGGUGAAUUCCGUGCUUUAGUUGCACAAGAAAGUGAUUGGUUGGAUAAAUUAGAUAAAAGAUUAAGAAGAUCAACAGAAAGAGCUGCAGAUGCUGAAGAAAUAUCAGAAGAACUUGAUGAUUUAGAAAAUUAUAUACGAAAUCAUCCAGAAUUAAGACUUGAAAAGAUACAAGAAAUAGGUAAACAGUUGAUUGAAAGUAAUAUCAUGAUUCAGUCCAUUCAAACAGAUGUAGACAAUUUAACAAAUCGUUGGGAAAGCUUAAAUAAUCAGGCAGGGCAGCGAGCAAAGCUGCUAGAAGGAUCAGUGAAGCAAGCACAACAAUCAGAAGGACGUAUUCUUGCCCUUCAGCAUUCCUUAACACAAAUAGAUUCUGUACUAACAGCACGUCUUGACUGCGACCUUACAGCUGAUGAUUUGCCUCAUGAUUAUCAGAAAUUAAUGGAAGAAAUGGAACAUCAACGAUCUACACUUCAAGAAAUGGCAUUACAAAUUGAAUCCUACAAGGCUUCUGGAAAACAAGAAGCAGCACUCAGAUUACAAGAACAACUAACUCUCAUUGAACAGAAAUUCUCUGAAGUUCAACAGAAAUUUCAACGUUUUCGAUGUCCAACGAAUUUAGAACCAAGAUUAUCCAGAGCUUUACGAGAACUUAGAGGAAUAGAAGAAGCAACUUGUUUAUUAGAACUGUCAUCAGAAGAUCCAGAAGCUAUUGAAGGUCAACUUAAACAUUGUCUGCGUUUUUAUCAAACAUUAAGUGAAAUUAAAAGUGAAAUAGAAAAUAUUAUAAUAACUGGUAGAAAAUUAGUUGAAGAAAAAAGUGUCACUGAACCAGAGAAAUUUUCGCGACGAAUUGAUAUGUUAAAAGAAUUAUAUAAUAAGUUGGGUUUACAUAUAACUGAAUCAAAAGCAUGUUUGGAAACAGCAUUGGAUUUAUCACGCGAUAUGUAUAAAAAUAUGUCUUAUAUUAAUAUGUCUAUAGAUAGUAUUAAUAAAGAAUUAGAUAAUCAAAAAAAUAUGCCUGAUCUUCCAGUUAAUGCGAUAUAUGUACGAGAAACCUUGACAGAAGUAAUACCACGAUUAAACGUUGUAAAAGAUAAAUUGUUAAAUUCACAGGAUGAAUUUUCUAAACUUUGCGAUCCUAUGUAUUUAGAACAACUUAAAGAAAAAUUAUCAGAUGUUGUUAUUAGAUUAGCAAAUACUGAAAAAAGAUUAAGAUUAUGUAAUGCUUCAGAGGAAGAGCCUAAUGUUGAUGAAAUAAAAGCAUGGCUUUUACAAGUUGAGGAAAAACUAAAUAAAUUAGAUAGUGUUCCGGUUGAUCAAUUGACGGAAAAUCACUUUGAACAAUGCAAAGCUGUUCAAAGCGAAAUGAUUGAAGCAAAACCAAAAGUCAACCAACUACAACGUUAUACUUAUUACCCGAAAGUUUCAGAUGUUUGUAAAAAAUGGGAGGAUAUAUCUAAUAGAAUUCAAGAAUGGAUCCACAAAAUCACAGACAGUUUAUUAAUAAAAAGUAAGAUGGGAGAAACAAAGGGGAGAGACAAUUAUGGACGUACUAAAUUGUCUAGACAGGAUCAAACUUCAAUGCAACUAGCUAAAAAAGAAAAUAAAUUGAUAGAUGAGAAUGAGGAAAUAUAUGGCAUAGGAUAUCUUAAUCCUGCAUUUGAUGAAAGUCAAUGUAAUAUUAUUUGUACACCUGAAAGUUCACCAGUUGAUAUUGUUCAUCGAAGCCGGAAAUCUUCCGCAAAAUCUGAGAAAGUAAAAGCUAAAAUUGUAGAUGUUAGUAGAACUGUUAGACGAAAAUUAGACAUGAGCUCUAUACCUGAUGUUGUUCAGACUUCUCAACCACAAGUUGUUCAUAUUGAUGAUGAUCUAUCUUCUUUAUCUCCUGAUACAGAUGUAUACAUGGCCGACGAAGAAUUUUUUUUGUCCAAAAAUAGCACAUUAUUUUCUCAAGUUUCUUCUAAUACAUUAAUUACGACAGAAUCUAAACCAUUAAACUAUAACACACAGAUGAAUCCCUUUCAUAUUGUAGAAGUAAAAGAAAUGGAAAUAAUAAAAUCAGUUGCAUCUCCUGAAGAUCACGUAAUAUUACCAAGUGCAAAUGUCAGUGCAGGAUUAAAGCCACAAGUUGUUGAAAGAGUAGAAAUUAUUGAAGAUACAGAAACUGAACCAGAAUCAGUAGAUACAGAUACAGAAGAUAAAGAAACUAGGAUAAAAGUUUGUAAAAAUACAAUUAGUAAUGGGAAUCAAAUUGUUAAUAAGAAAAGAGAACUUAUUCCUAUAUUGAAGAAGAAAAAAAUAAUAGAUUCAUAUUCUGCAAAAAAUGUUAAAAAAUUAACUCUGAAAUUAGAUGUUGAGGAUAUUUCAGCUGAUAAUCAAAUUUCAAAUUAUAAACCACAAUUUUCAUGUAAAGUAAACAAAUUAGAAAAAAACUCCGCGUGGAAAGAUAAGGAUAGCAUAGCUGAAUAUCUUAUACUCGAAGAUAAUGAAAUAAGUACAAAAUCAAGAUGUUCUGCUGAUCUUGUUCUCACAUCAGGAAUUAAUUUUACAAAAAGCAAAAAAGAGCUCAGUAAUGUUAAAGAAUUAACAUUUGAAAAAAAUACAGAUUUUUCAAAGUUGCAUGGUAAUGAAAAUCAUAAUAAUGAUUAUGAAAAAAAUAUAAAAUUGAUGUUAUUUAGACGUGCUAGAAGUAUUUCAAAAGAUGAUACACUAGAGGAUUGUGAAAGCUUUUACGGAAGCGAUAAAGAAACAGAUGAUGUUUUAAUUUUUUCCGAUGAUACAGAAAUUGAUGUUGGAAGUUCCAGUUCAGAGGGAGAAGAUUCAAAUUCAAAGGAGCAUAUUGAGCACCUCUUGGGCAAGAUACAGACUGAAAAAUUAUCACAAGAAACACAACAUAAAAUAGAGACGAAGAUUUCUAGUGAUAAGAGACCUUUUAAAAUUUCAACUAGUUUAUCCAGAACAGGCUUAGAAAAAAGUAUUUUGGAAUUUGAACAAGCUGCACAACGGAUGUUACAUAGAAUGGAUGUCAUGUUGAUGAGCAUCAGUGGAAUCAGUAAUGAAAAAGAUCCAACUAAACGACUUGAAGUACUAAAAGGAGAAGUUAGUACUCUUGCUCCAGAUGCAGCAGCUUUGAUUAGUAAAGGUGAUGGACUAGUUAUGACAGUACAUAUAUCUGAUCCUGUUAGAGCUGAGAAGAUAAAAAAUGAACAUCAAGAUAAAUUAAGAAGCAAAUGGCAUCAAGUUAUGUCCGAAAUAGAAACGAGACGCACACAAGCACAAAGAGGAGAGGAAAUGUUAAGACAAUAUAAUGCCAUAAUAACAGAAUUUGAAGAUUGGUUUCGAGAUGUACCAUUAAAACUUGAACAAGUAAAUAAUUAUGAGGGGCAAUUAGAAUCUUUUACUGUAGAAUUUGAUGCUAAACAAGAACAGAUUAAAAAAUUAAAUGAAUUAGCGGUUGAAUUAAAAAAAUUAAAUAUUGGGUAUGCUGAAACUAUAAGAUAUAGCAUUAACAGUAGGUGGCAAGAAGUUAGUUCACAAUUUAAAAGAUUUAGUGGUAGUAAGGAUAAGGACAAACAUGUGACAGACAAAAAAGUUGAAGUGGAUGUUGGAGGAGUUGAUAUGCAAGAAUUUACUGCCAGAGUUAAUAAGAUUAGAGAAGCUGUUGUAACUGUAACGAGAUCUUUAAAUUCUGUGCCAUUGAAUGGUGAUGAUUAUGAAAUUUUUUCAAAUCAAGAAGAAUGUUUAAAAAAAAUUAAUAACGCAUUAAAUAUUUUAAAACCAAGCAUUGAAGAAAUCAAUACUAUUUUUGAAAAUGUUGCUUCACAGUUAAGAAGAGAGCAAGGCGAACAAAUUAGACGUUUGAGUGAUAAAUUACGAGAUGAAUGGAUAAAUGUUAAUCAAAGUUAUGUAGAAAGAUAUAAUCGUUGGAAUAAAUGUUAUGAAAAAUGGAAAGAACUUUGCAACACAUGUCGGUCUUUUUCUGAUUGGUUAGAUAAAACGGAAGAUUCAUUAAAAAAAUUAAAUUCUCUUGGUCAAUCUAAAAUAUCAAGAACAAAAAUAUUUGAAUUGGAACAAGAGAUUUCUAGGAUGCAAAGAAUUAUGAAUAAUAUUAACGUUUCAAGUGCUAGUAUUUUAACUCGCGCUAAAGCUGAAGAUAUGAUGGAAUUAAGAGAAAUGAUUGAAACUAUAAAACGACGUUGGCAAAAUAUUAUAACGGACUUAAAUACACGAAAAGAGAAGAAUUUUGCUAUGGAAAAGAAAGUGAACAAUGAAGGCAGAAUUUUAGAAAGUGCUCAUAAUAUAUUAGAGCAAAUCAAUUCUUUAUUGGUGUCAGCAGCAAAUCCUUCAGAUGAGACUUCUUUAUCAAUAAGAUUGUCAUUAAUUAAGGCUAGACAAGAAGAACUUUCUUCUCGCAAAAGAUCAUUACAGAAUUUAAUAAUAAAUCAAAAUGAUAUUUCUUUGGGAGAAGAUGAAUGUAAUAAAUUACUUUCAGAUAUGGAUAAGGCUAAUAUAAGCCUUUCCAAUCACCGUGACUAUGUUGAGAAUAAACUUGUAUCUCUUAAAAAAUAUAUUUGUACUUUGGAUACUAUUAUGGCUUGGGUCAUGGAAACUAGAGCGAGAAUAAAUAUAUCCCGAGAAUUACCUCAACAAGAACGAAUCGAAAUUAUUAACAAUAUUAUGACCAAAGUUGAAGAUCGAGAAAUGGAAGUAAAGGAUGUAUUAGAAAAUUAUACUAAUUUAGAGAAAGAAUGCGAAUCUGCAAAACAACCUAUUUCUGUAGAAUUACAAGAAAAGUUAAAAAAAUUACGAGAAGAUUGGCAAUUUGUGAAAAACAAUGGAGAAUUAUCAAAUUAUGAUGUCAAAACUGCAAUUGCUAUUGGAACGGCGUCAUCAGGGAUCGAAGUGGAAAAGACCGCAGGAGCAGGACCGGGGGCAUCGGGUGCAACUGCGGGGGGCCCUCGGGGGUUGACACCUUCCCCUGCCCCCUCAACACCCUCGACCCCCGUCACCACCACUAGUCCUUCGGUCUGCACAUCCUCGCCUUCGUCCUCGCCUUCACCCUCCUCCUCGCCCUCUGCUCUUGUAGCGGGCUUUGACAAAUCGGUGCUACAGAUACGCGACUGGCUAGCUGUGGAAGAAGAGAUGUUACGGAAACAAGCUGUGGUCGUCGGCGAUGUCGGCGAAAUUAUGGAGGCGCUUGAUAAACAAAUGGAUGUCCUACGAGAGCUGGGGCAGAAAAAGCCGCAGUUGGACGAGCUGGUGCACACGGCGGAAGCGCUUCGCGCGGACACGAAUAGACAGCAAGUGCACGGCAAAGCCUCGAUCCUGUUCUCCGGUAUCCUGUCGCGAAACAUCGUGCACAUGCGUUGCAUCAUCAAAGUUACGAAGCUGAGGGAGCACUGGGACGAGAUGAACUCGAAAAUGAUGCAGAGGAAGACGGAGUUGGACGCGAUGCUCGGGGACAGCCAGCGAUACGAGGCGAAAAGGAACGAGGUGGAGGUCUGGUUGGCGCGAAUGGAGACUCGGCUUGAGAAAAUGCGGGCCGUCGGCCACACCGCCGACGUUCUCGAGGCCCAGCUCCGGGAACAAAAGUCGUUCCACGCCGAGCUCCACCAGUACAAGCAUCAGAUCGAGCAGUUCAAUCAGCUCACGCAGAAGCUGAUCGCCGUUUAUCAAGAGGACGACACGACCCGCGUGAAAAAGAUGACCGAGACCAUCAAUCAGAGAUACAACAACCUCAACACCAGCAUCAUCAAUCGAGGAAAACUGCUUCACUCCGCGAUGAACUCCCUCCACAACUUCGACCGGUCCCUGGACAAGUUCUUGGCUUGGUUGAGCGAAGCUGAGUCCUCGAUGGAGGGAUUGGAAGCGGAGGCCGAUCGUCUAGGCGGGCGACGAGACCAGGGUGCGCUCAGACGACCGCAACAUCAGCUUAAGGUACGUAAGGCGGAGCGAUUCCCUUUUUACUCAUCUCGCCUAUCGGACCUGCAAUCGGAAAUCGAGACGCACCGAGACGUGUACACGUCGUUGAACGGCACAGGCAGGAAGCUGUUGAGCUCUUUGGCGAGCCAAGAUGACGCGGUUAUGCUGCAACGACGACUGGACGAGAUGAACCAGCGAUGGCAUCACUUGAAAGCGAAAAGUAUGGCGAUAAGAAACCGGUUGGAAAGCAAUACGGAACACUGGAACGCUCUUCUGUUGUCUUUGCGCGAGCUUAUCGAAUGGGUGAUCAGAAAAGACACCGAGCUCACCGGUUUGGGCCCUGUUUGCGGGGAUGUAGCCGCCUUACAAAAACAAGAGGACGAUCAUCGCGGGUUCAGGAGGCAGCUCGAGGACAAACGACCGAUCGUCGAGAACAAUUUGCUGAGCGGACGGCAGUACAUCGCCAACGAGCCUCCCCUCUCUGACACGUCGGAUUCCGAAGCCGGAAGAGAAUUGGAUGGCGAUUCGAGGGGCUACAGAAGCGCGGAGGAGCAGGCACGCGAAUUGACGCGCAGCAUUCGCCGGGAAGUGAACAAACUUUCAGAGCAGUGGAACGCCCUAAUCGAACGUAGCGAUGCGUGGAAGCGGAAACUCGACGACACCGCUAACAAAAUAUGCGUGUUCCAAAAGACGCUGGAGGAUCUUUCGUCGCGGAUGGCCGGCGCCGAGGCGAUUCAAAGCGGGUGGCAGAAUCCAAGCGACGCGAACGAGGCGACGGAAUUGCUGAAGCAAUUGGAGAAAUUCGGCGAACGACUGUUGCCCAUCCAGAGGAGCAUCGAGUACGCGAACGAUCAAGCGAGCGUCUUCGCCUCGAGCAGCGUCAUCGUUUCUCAUGCUUUGCUGGCGAAACUCGAAGAUCUCAACACCAGGUGGAAGGUGCUGCAAGUGGCGGUUGACGAGCGUUACAAGUUGCUAAGCGGAUUUGGAAAGGAUGGCAGCACUCCGGGUAGCCAGGCUUUCCUCGCGAGCAGCGUGGAACCACCAUGGGAGAGAGCCCUCACACCCGCCAAAGUGCCUUACUAUAUCAACCAUCAGUCGGAGACCACCCAUUGGGAUCAUCCGAAAAUGAUAGAGCUGAUGUCCUCGCUGGCGGACCUGAACGAAGUACGAUUUUCAGCGUACAGAACCGCCAUGAAACUGCGCACCGUUCAGAAACGAUUGUGCCUGGACAUGUUGAGCCUUUCCACCGCGUUAGAGCAAUUCGAUUCGCACGGGCUCCGAGCGCAAAACGACAAACUAAUCGACAUUCCCGACAUGGUGACAGUCUUGACGUCCCUGUACGAAGUGAUAACGGCGGACAACCCGACGCAAGUGUCUGUCCCCUUGUGCAUCGAUUUGGCCAUCAAUUGGCUCCUCAACGUGUACGAUAGUCAACGAACCGGUCAGAUUCGCGUGCUUUCCUUCAAAGUUGGUUUGGUCCUGUUGUGCAAGGGUCAUUUGGAAGAAAAAUAUCGAUAUCUAUUCCGGCUGAUCGCUGAUCCAAACAGAUUGGUGGAUCAACGAAAGCUCGGUUUAUUGUUGCACGACUGCAUCCAAGUGCCGAGGCAGUUGGGAGAAGUGGCGGCGUUUGGCGGGUCGAACAUCGAGCCGAGCGUUCGCAGCUGCUUCGAGAAGGCUGGAAAAGACAAAAAUGAAAUAGAAGCGGUUCACUUUUUGAGCUGGCUGCAACAAGAGCCGCAGAGUAUGGUUUGGUUGCCUGUGCUUCAUAGACUCUCCGCCGCGGAGAGCGCAAAGCAUCAAGCGAAAUGUAAUAUAUGCAAGGAGUAUCCCAUUAUUGGAUUCAGGUAUUCAUGUNNNAAAUGCUUCAAUUUCGACAUGUGCCAGAACUGUUUCUUCUCAGGCAGGAAAGCGAAGAACCACAAGUUGACGCAUCCGAUGCAGGAAUAUUGCACCGCGACCACAUCUGGCGAGGACGUGCGCGACUUUACGAGAGCGCUUCGGAAUAAAUUCAAGUCGAAGAGAUACUUCAAAAAGCAUCCAAGAGUCGGUUAUCUGCCGGUGCAGACCGUUUUGGAGGGAGACGCGUUGGAAAGCCCGGCGCCGUCGCCGCAACAUAGCUCCCUCAGCCAGGACAUGCACUCCCGGCUGGAGAUGUACGCAUCCCGGUUGGCGGAAGUCGAACUAUCGCGCACAAGAAGCAACUCGACACCGGACAGCGAUGACGAGCAUCAGCUGAUCGCUCAUUAUUGCCAGAGCUUGAACGGGGGCGACAAUGUAAACGUGCCAAGAAGCCCCGUGCAGGUGAUGGCCGCGAUCGAUGCCGAGCAAAGAGAGGAGCUUGAAGCGAUGAUACGCGAACUGGAAGAAGAGAACGCGACACUCCAAGCGGAAUACGAACGAUUGCGCUCGAAACAGACGCCGGGCUCGACGCCGGAAGACGGCCAUGGCAACCGACAGCCUGACUGUGACAUGAUCGCCGAGGCGAAAUUGUUGAGACAGCACAAGGGCAGAUUAGAGGCGCGCAUGCAAAUACUAGAGGAUCAUAAUCGUCAACUGGAGGCUCAGUUGCAGAGACUCAGACAACUUUUGGACGAGCCAAAUGCUUCCUCGCCAUCUAAGACAGGCACAUUACAAACGCGAAGCGUUACAGCAUCUCAAUUGGCAACUGAUUCGCCUGCUAAAAUGAACGGACAUUAUCACGAUUCCCCAGGUGGUGGAGGUUCGAACGAGGGAAGAGUGAGCAGUUUAGAGAGGCCACCACCGCCACCGCAUUCUCACAGUGUUGCCCACAACGUGGGCAAUCUCUUGCACAUGGCAGGAGACUUAGGGAAAGCAGUCGGUGAACUGGUGACGGUGAUGACCAGUGAGGACUUGUCGAAAACGAACGGACAAAGGGCACCACCACCGGCUUUCAAAUAACGACUAUUAUCACGAUUCUAAUCGAGGAUAUUCCCUUGCGUUUCAACGAUAUCGAUGGAAACGACAAGAAAAAAAAAAACGAGACCGAUUCGAUUGAUCACGCACAUAUACAUAAUACACGCACGCGAGAUCCACGAACUUUUAAAUGUUUUAAAUCAAUGACCAAUGUAUGGCUCUAAACGCAUAUCAAAAGGAAAAUAUCAUGCAAAAAUGCAGGGUCAGGGUUAGCUGCCAUAGUGGUUUUGGGUAUUUUAUAAGUUUUGAUAUAUACAAUUGUAUAGCUAAAUUAUAUUGACAGAAACGAUUAUGGUUUGGCUUUGGCGGCUCCCUGAGUAACUUUAUUACAUAUUGACACGUCAUAUCAUUGAGAAAGAAUAAUCGUAUCAGAAAAUAAAAAGCAAGAAGAAAAAAAUGAAUCAGUUGUUAUAUAUGCUUACUAGUUAAAGUAAAAACAAAAAAAUUAUUAUGGAAGUGAUGAAAUAAAGGUGAUGAGGAUGAAAUGUAACGAUUAUAAGAAAAUUACACGAACGGAAAUAUCAUUAACAAUGCAUGCAAAAGCAAUGUAUUAAAUCACGUACUCUAUUCUAGAUCGUAGAUUACAUUUACAUACCCAUUCUGUUCACUGCCACAGGCUCUUCCUUGACAUUAAAUAACAUACACGUUGUACAUGUUAUGCGAUUUUAGAUGACACAUAAAAAAAAAGAGAAAUAAGAAAGAAGGAAGAGAG